AACAUUUUUAAGUGUUCAAUACAGAUGAAUUAAAUGUAUCAAUAAAUAUUUUUAAUAUAUUCCAAGAUGUACCAGAACAAAAUGAUUAUUAUUUUUGUAGCGAUGUUAUUAACGGGAUAUUGCUUAGAAGAAAUCCCAAGGAGGGAUGAUAUUCUUAAAACGGAAGUCAUCGUUCAAAAUACGAUUAAUAGUCUUUUCUCGACAUUGAAAUUGAAAAGAAUUCAGGAAAGACCAAAGAUACUGCAAUACACCACUUUGCAUAAAUAUUUCGCGUCACUAUCAUUGCAAGAUGAUCACAACUUGAAGAAAAUUCUACAACUAACAAAAGCCAAUAAGGAACAUAAAUUUUAUAAUGGAACUGACUUUAUAGCCGUUAUAAAUGAAAUAAUAAAUGAAGAUAUAGUAAACAGAAUAAACGUGGAUGACAUUAGUGUGAUAUCGUAUAUUGAGAGAUUUAUUUCUAGAUUAAAGAAAUGGAGAGAAAUUUAUGCACCAAAAACCAUUUAUGUCAAUAUUAAUUUUAAAGUCCUGGAACAUUUGCAGAAUACAGUUAAUAAAAGCUUUGAUUUUAAAAGUAAUGAUAAUCUCAUAACGAGCGACAAUGAAUUUUGGGAGCCAAGUGGUCGACGUAUUUACAAAGGACAAAGAACCAAGAUCAAAUAUUUCCCAUUCAUGGCUAGUGUGCACAUUUUCAACAACUUCCAUUGCGCUGGUUCCAUUAUAAAAUCUGACCUCAUCAUCACAGCUUCAUCGUGUUUGCAACUAGCCUGGAAUAACCGUCUUUUCCGAGAAAAUCCAGCAUUCCUUUCUGUUCGAGUCGGUAGUUCCUUCUAUAGUGGAGGUGGUGAGGUCAUACCGGCAUUGGAAAUUUACUUUCAUCCUGGAUACGACCCUAAAAGUCUUAGAAACAACAUCUGUAUCGUGCGUCUCGUUCGCCGUUUGAAUUUCAGAAAACGAAAUAAGAGAGUGAAAAGGAUAAACAUAGAUAGAAAUCCUUGGAACCUACCAAUGAACACUCCUGGUGUCACGAUUCUUGGUUGGGGUGCGAAGGGAGUAAGUUCAAUUACUUUAUGAUCAAGGCUAAUAGAAAUAAUGGGGUAUGGUGCAUUUUUUACUUUUUACACAUAAAUAAACUGCCUAUAAUUUCAGAGUAGCGGUAUAGUUUACGAUCCAUGGAAAAAUAUAUUGUCAUAUUCGAUUUUGGAUAUUUAUC